GCACGAGAACGGCACAAGCACUGGACGAAUCUAACUAAUCCUCCGACAGCCAACACCAACCACCGCCACCGUCGGAGAUCACCUUAAUCUCCGCCAGCAGAGUUAAUAAUACGAUGGGCUCAGCUCCACCUGAAGACCCAACACCUUCAAAAGACGAAGAAGCCUGCCAUCUUCUAUCCUCCUCCUCUCUACCCUCACCUUCACCGUCGCCGUUAGUUGACGCCAGCUUAAGAAAAUGUCUACAAGAACAAGAAGAAGAAGAAGUGGCAUACGAAUCCCGAGAUAAAAUUUUGGUCGUGGAUAUUGAAUCAGACGGUGCAGAUUACUCAACAGUGCCACCUUUCUCGUUCAAGAAAUUAUGGUUAUUUACCGGUCCGGGUUUUCUAAUGAGUAUAGCGUUUCUAGAUCCGGGUAAUUUAGAAGGGGAUUUACAAGCGGGUGCAAUUGCGGGUUAUUCUUUAUUAUGGUUGUUAAUGUGGGCCACGGCAAUGGGCCUACUGAUACAGCUUUUGUCGGCGAGGAUUGGUGUGGCGACCGGGAAACACUUGGCUGAGCUUUGCCGGGAAGAGUAUCCGAAUUGGGCUCGGAUUUUGCUUUGGUUCAUGGCGGAGGUAGCUUUAAUUGGAGCUGAUAUUCAGGAGGUUAUUGGGAGUGCUAUUGCUAUUCAGAUUCUUAGCCGGGGAGUUUUGCCCUUGUGGGCGGGCGUUUUGAUUACUGCCUCUGACUGUUUUUUAUUUUUGCUUCUUGAGAACUAUGGAGUGAGGAAGUUGGAAGCUGUUUUCGCAGUUCUUAUCUCGACCAUGGCUAUAUCCUUUGCUUGGAUGUUUGGUGACACAAAGCCCAGUAGAAAUGAACUUCUAAUAGGUCUUUUGGUACCAAAGCUCAGCUCAAGAACUAUUCAUCAGGCUGUUGGAGUAGUAGGUUGUGUCAUAAUGCCUCACAAUGUGUUUUUGCAUUCUGCUUUGGUACAAUCAAGGAAAAUUGACCCCAACAAGAAAGGGCAGGUUCGAGAAGCACUCACUUACUACUCAAUUGAAUCUUCAGUCGCCCUCUUUGUUUCCUUCAUGAUUAAUGUAUUUGUAACAACUGUUUUUGCCAAGGGGUUUUACGGUAGUAAACAAGCUGAUGGUAUAGGGUUAGUAAAUGCUGGACAAUAUCUUCAAGAGAAAUAUGGUGGAGGAUUGUUCCCCAUUCUCUACAUUUGGGGUAUUGGAUUAUUAGCAGCUGGACAAAGUAGCACCAUAACUGGAACUUAUGCUGGCCAGUUUAUCAUGGGAGGUUUUCUAAAUCUUCGUCUAACGAAAUGGCUGAGGGCAUUGAUCACUCGUAGUUGUGCCAUUUUGCCUACUGUUGUGAUAGCCCUUAUUUUCAACAGAUCUGAGUCAUCACUGGAUGUUCUAAAUGAAUGGCUUAAUGUGCUUCAGUCCAUACAGAUACCUUUCGCUCUUAUUCCACUUCUCACCUUGGUUUCGAAGGAACAGGUUAUGGGAGUCUUUCGGAUUGGGCCCACUCUGGAGAAAGUAGCUUGGACCGUGGCUGCCCUGGUGAUAGUGAUUAAUGGGUAUCUUUUGCUAGACUUUUUCUCCUCUGAAGUUCAUGGAUUGCUCUUUGGUUUCCUGGUUUGUGCGGGAACUGUUGCAUAUCUAGCAUUUAUCUUAUAUCUGAUAUCGCGUGGUGGUGGUCCUUUUUCAAAUUGGAUCAACAUACCGCUCUUCAAGGUGUUUACAACAUCUGGAAAUUAAGGCAAAAACUUCUUCUUUAGGUCAAGAAUUAAAAUUAUCACCAAAAACGUUGAGCAAUCACAGCCAUGGGGCUGAUGGAACAUGACCCUGCACUUACUUGACCUGAUACACGCUUUGACCAGGAUUUCCUCCCAAUGGCGUUCUCUAUUCACAAUGACAAUACAGUCUGAAAGUAAAAUUUUGUGCAUAAGUGUUCAAUUACAGUGAGUGCUUCAGAACGGAUGAAAUUUGUAAAUCUAUUGUUGGGGAGAUGUACCUAAUUCAUUGAGAUGGAACGGGGCUUUUACAGCUGGAGAAGGUGAUCCUCUAAUGCCGUUGACCAGAUAUUGAAAGGAUCUUGUGAAAAGAAUGGGACGUGUUCUCUGCAUGAUGAAGGUGAUGCUCUGGCUUCGUUUGUGCAAUUCUUGUUACGUGUCAAUUAUACUCGAAUAGAUAGAUGUACAUUUAUCAAAAAUUCCCCCAUUUUUUUUUUGUGUAAAGAACUGAGAUAUUUUAUUUCCAGAAGACAAUACCAUUAUUGGAAUAGACAGGAGGGACUAGCCUUUGGGAUGACACUGCAAAUUGCUAUAGUGGACACCUCAGAUCUUUGGAUAUCUUUUCUUUAAAAGAAUUUGAGAUCUUUUUCCUUGA